AUCCUGCUUUAGAUUUGCAUUUUAAUGAUGUGAACGUCGCAUCCGUAGAUAGAGAGUUAGAAGAUCAAGAAGGCAGUGACCUUGGAUUAACAAGUCAAAGAUCACUGGGCAGUUCAGCGCCUGUCAGUAUUCCAGGUUCUCUUGUUCGUUCUUCAUCUUUGUAUUCCUCAUCAUCCCUUUCAACCUCUCCACUCAGUUCUCUUGCACAAUCGCUGUCUCAGUCUUUUGUUUCAUCCGCUACGGUUCCUCACCACCAACAGCCUCAGCCUUUGAAGACAGAACAUAGUAUGUUAGGCACCUCAGCCUCUUCUCACAACUCUCUGGGUUUAAAUGGUGUUACAGGGAGUAUUUGGGACUUUGUAACUCGGAGUUUCUCUCCAAGUCCGACCCCAGUACUAAGCAGUGGCACUGCUCCCUCAAUAAGCUUAAAUACCAGUGGUAACGAGCUAACUCGAGUUAGACAGGAACUUGAUGAUGCCAAGAAAAAACUAAAACAAUGGGAAGAAUCUUGGCAACAAGUAAAGCAGGCAUGUGAUGCGUGGCAGAAAGAAGCCCAAGAAGCAAAAGAACGUGCUAACGUAGCAGAUGCAGACAAACAACUUGCUCUUCAGAAGAAGGAGGAAGUGGAAAAUAAAUUAAAAAAACUGAAGGCACAAUUAGCUGCUUGUCUAUCUACUACAUUACCUUAUAUGGAAAACUGUGGAGAUAUAGAAAAUAUAUCCUUGCCAAAACUUCGUUCCUUGCAAAGUCGUCUGCACUUAGAUUUAGAAACAAUAGAUGAGGUCAUUUUUCAGCUUCAGUCGAAGAAGUGUAUUGUAUGUCAGGAAGAUGAUCGUAGCAUUAUCCUGAAUCCAUGUCAACAUUAUGUACUCUGUGAUCACUGUGCAGCUGCACAAGAAGAGUGUCCCUGCUGCAAGAAAAAAAAUAAAUCUGUG